AUGUCACAAUUAUUCAAUGGACACUUAAAAAUUCGUCUUAUUGAGGCUGUUGAUAUAAGACCUACGGAAUGGAGUAAAAGAUUCAAUAAUAAUAAUGGAGCUGAAAAUAUUCUAUUAGAUUCAUAUGUAAAUAUUGAUUGUGAUGAUGAAUAUCAUAUUGGUCAAUCUUCUACAAAACCAAAAACUAAUCACCCUAUAUGGAAUGAAGAAUUUCAGUAUGAGGUUCAUGAAGGCAAGAUUAUGGGGUUUUCAGUAUUUCAUGAUUGCGCUCUACCACCAGAUGAUUUUGUAGCUAAUUGUAGAUUGUACUUUAGUGAUCUCAACAUAUCAACUCCACAAGAUGUUUGGAUUGACUUGGAACCACAUGGUCGAUUGCAUGUAGUUAUAGAAAUUAAAGGAGAUCUUGUUCUUGAAGGUUAG